AUGGACAUGCAAGCACUGAAAAGCCGUAGAAACGCCUUUAUGGCGCAAGUGAGUGGGGAGCUGUCAGUCGCGGAGAGCCUCAAAACGCGGAAACCGUCCCAAAGUGAGGUUAAGGACCGCCUGACCCACCUCAACAAGCUUGCCGAGAGUUUUCGCGAGACGCAAACUGGAAUCGAGGAGCUGCAAGAGGACGCAGCGGCCAUUGCCUCUGUGUACAACGUCCGGGAAGAGUUCUUCCACAAAUACUACAAGGCGAAGGACGCCUACGAGGAAUUCCUGGAUGUGGAUUCCGACGGCGAGUCAACGGCCAGUCAGCGGACCGUGGCCGAAACGUCCGACUGGAAGCAAGCGAUGCACCUGCUCAUGGAAACGCAGCGACAGCUGCUGCUGAAUCAAUCGGCGCAACGAGCAGGACAGGCAUCGAAUUGUUCACUAAACGGCGGUCUGGUGCAGAGUGGGUUACCCCAACUGAACGUUCAACUACCAGCCAUCAGUGUGCCCAAAUUCACCGGAGAUCGCAAGAAGUGGACGACGUUCAAGGACCUUUACGUGUCAACCAUUCACAACCGCGAUGACCUGACGGACACUCUAAAGAUGCAGUAUCUCUACUCGUAUCUGGACGUCGAGCCCAAGCGUCAAGUUGCAAGGUUCUCUAUCUCGGAGGCAAACUACAAGCUGGCGUGGGAGGCUUUGACCGAUUACUAUGACAAGAAACGAUUCACUGUCUUCUCGCUGGUACGUGAAUUCAUGGAUCAACCCUCAAUCGCAAGUGCUACCCCUGAAUCGUUGAACAAGCUUGUGACGAGCUCGGACGAGAUCGUGCAGCAGCUGGAUACCCUCGGGGAGGAAUUCCAGACCCGCGAUCCGUGGUUGAUUCACCUGGUGCUCGAGAAGCUGGACAAGGAUACUCGAGCUGGCUGGUCGCAGAAGGUCAUCGAAAAGGAGAACCCGAAGUUCGACGAGUUGCUGUCUUUCCUGAAGAAGCGAUGUGAGGUGCUGGAAACCUGUUCAGCAUUCUCGAAGAAAGUGGUGCUCGACGGAAAGAAGGAAGCGACGAAACAAGUGAUCAGUGACAAGAAGCUGAAAGCGUUGCACACAACUGCAACCAAUCAGAAGUGCGCGAAAUGUUCGAAAGAGCAUAACAUGUAUCAGUGCGAAGAGUUCAGGAGGCUGAGCGUGCAAGAACGGCGUGAACUAGUGCAGAAGGCUCGCUUGUGCUUUAACUGUUUGCGACCUGCGCACUGCGCCAAAUCGUGCACCUCGAAGUCGUCGUGUCACACCCCUGAGUGUAAACAACGACAUCACACGCUGCUGUGCACAAGUGCGGCCAAUUCUGAACGAGCAAGUGAGGAAAGUGGAAGCAGUGCUUCAGUGAAAGUGGUUCCUGAGAAGAAAGAAGAAGUGAUCGCUUCGCUGAUGGCGGAGCUACCGGAGAAGAAGCGAGUGCUGAUCGAUUCCGGAUCGCAAGCAUCUCUUGUGACGGAGGAGUGUGUCCGGAAGCUGGAGCUGCCGAGAAGGAACGGGAAACUGGCGGUGAGCGGCCUUGGACAGCAGGAAGUCGGAACAACCCGCGGCGUGGUCACGCUGCAAAUUGCUUCCCGGUUCGACGAGGUCGUGGUUAUCGCCACGGACGCCUACAUUCUUGGAAAGCUGACUUCGACCAUUCCGUCGCAGCGCUUCGACGUGGCCAACAUGAAACUGUUGCAGAACAUUCCGGAGCUGGCCGACCCGGACUACAACCGACCGGGUCCGAUCGACAUCAUUCUUGGAUCAGAUGUCUUUCUUGCGCUCUUGGAGGGAGGGCAGGUCAAAGACGAAAGCGGCCAAACGGUGGCCCAACGCACGGUCCUAGGGUGGAUCGUGGCGGGACGAUACGACGACCAAGCCGUCGUACACAGCAACCACACCAUCGUCAAUCUGCACGCAGAGAUGGACCUGAACCGCACCUUGCGGCAAUUCUGGGAGCAGGAGGAGAACUUCAAGCCACCACCGCUUACUCCUUCUGAACAGCAGGUCACUGAACACUUCAGUUCGACCCUGCAACGCGACGGAAAUGGACGCUUCAUUGUCAGAUUGCCUUUUGACGAUUCGAAGCCAGCGCUCGGCGACUCGCUUGCCGCGGCCACAAAACGCCUGAAGUCGAUGGAACGUCGAUUCCAGCAACACCCGGAGUUCAAGCAGGACUACACAGCGUUCCUGCGCGAGUAUUUGGAGCUCGGCCACAUGGAGGAGGUACCAGCCGAUCAAGUCGAGAAGGAUAGCAGCAAGUGCUAUUAUCUACCGCACCACGCGGUGAUCAAGGCGGACAGCAGCACGACCAAGUUGCGCGUUGUCUUCGACGCGUCCUGCGCCACUUCAACGGGAGUUUCGCUGAACGACCGAUUGCGUGCCGGACCGAACAACAACGCGGACCUGUUCUCGGUGGCUUUGCGGUUCCGCUCACACAAGGUGGUGUUCUGUGCAGACGUUGCGAAGAUGUACCGCCAGGUACUCGUGCACCCGGACGACCGAGACUACCAACGCAUCGUCUUCCGGGAGGAACCAGAUCAACCGAUCAAGCACUACCGUCUCUGCACAGUGACGUACGGAACGAAGACCGCACCGUAUCUGGCAAUCGAGUCAAUGCGGGCGGCGGCCAAGGCUUACGACGACGUCUACCCACAGGCGGUAGAACGAAUCAAACGGGAUUUCUACGUAGAUGAUUUCCUGUCCGGAGCCGACGACACGAACGAAGCGACGUGUCUGAAGCAGCAAGUGGUCGAGAUCCUCUCGUCGGCGGGGUUUGAACUCCGCAAGUGGACCUCGAACAACCAAGAACUCCUCCAAGAGCAGCGCACCGACGAGUCCGCUCCAGUCCUGAUGAAGUUCUCCGAGCAAGGAGAAGCAGUGAAGGCCCUUGGCAUCCAGUGGUUCCCAACGGAGGACGUGUACGGAUUCAAGGUCAACCUCCCCGACACUUCGUUCACCUUCACCAAACGCCAGAUGAUAUCGGAUUCAUCUAAACUGUUCGACCCGUUUGGCUGGUUGGCACCUGUGCUGGUGAAGAUCAAGAUCCUGUACCAGCAACUCUGGUUGUUCGACGUCAACUGGGACGACUCACUGCCGCCGGCGGUGAAGGCGGAGUGGCAGGAAGUGCGGAGUACUCUGCACCUACUCGAGAACAUGCGGAUCCCACGAUACCUCUCCCCCUUUCGUGGUCGAAUCCAAUUGCACGGAUUUUCGGACGCUUCCGAGCAGGCGUACGCAGCCGUCGUUUACGCCAGGUCGGUGAACGCCAACGGCAACAUCUCGGUGGUUCUAAUUGCAGCCAAAUCUCGAGUCGCACCAAUCAAGCAAGUGUCGCUGCCAAGACUGGAACUUUGCGGUGCGUGGCUGCUUGCACUGCUGAUGGAGCGCAUAACGGAAGCUUUGUCGCACCUCGCAAUCGAGCACUGGGCCUGGACGGAUUCGACCAUCGUGCUCAACUGGCUGUCCACUCACCCCCGGAAGUGGAAGACCUACGUGGCGAAUCGCACAGCUGCCAUCCUGGAUUACCUGCCACGCAGCUGCUGGAACCACGUCCUGGGCAAGGAAAACCCUGCUGAUCUCGCAACGCGCGGGCUCACACCGGCCGAGCUUCUCGGCAACCCACUGUGGCUCGGAUCUGCUCCGUGGAUGCAGGUGGAUCAAGCACUCUGGAAGCUGCGCCCUGUUCCAGUUGUUGACGACGAAGACCUGUUGGAAACCAGAGUAGUUAAAUCGCUGCACCUAGUGGCGAUCCCAAUCCGAGAAAACUACGAUGAGGAGCUGGGGCUGCUGGCGAAGCGGUCCAGUUUCACGCUGAUCAUCCGGACACUGGCCUGUGUCAAUCGUCUCGCAAGCAACUGCCGGACUACCAAGGCCAAUCGUCAGACUGGGGAGCUGGCCCCAGCCGAGCUGAGCGCUGCGAGAGCGCAGCUCGUUCGAGCCGUUCAACACACGGCGUACGCACCCGAGUUGGAGCUGUUGCGGAAGGGUAAGUCGCUGCCAACCAAACACAUCCUUUCCCCGCUCCACCCCUUCCUCGACGAACAAGGCACCAUGCGCUUGGGGGGUCGACUGCAGAACUCGGACUUGCCGUACGACGUGAAGCACCCCAUGAUCCUGCCGCAGAACCAUGUGGCAACCGAAAUGCUGGUGCGUGAGUUACACCUGCGUAAUCUCCACGCCGGACCGGCGCUGCUGACUGCUACCAUCUAUCAACAAUACUGGAUCGUCGGAUGCCAGACGGUGGUACGCAAGGUGGUCCACGGAUGCACGCGGUGCGUCCGUCUCAAGGGAAAAACUGCCAAUCAGCUGAUGGGCAAUCUACCGCCGGCAAGGGUGCUGGCGACACGACCAUUUUCACACGUCGGCGUUGACUACGCCGGACCUGUCAAACUCAAGGCCGCCUGCGUUCGUGGAGUCAAGGUAACCAAGGGGUACAUCGCGGUGUUUGUGUGCCUCUCAACCAAGGCAGUACAUCUGGAGGUAGCAAGCGAUUUGUCCACGAACACCUUCAUCAGUGUCCUUAAGCGAUUCGUAUCCCGGCGCGGAUACCCCGUCGAAAUCUGGUCGGAUAACGGUACCAAUUUCGUUGGCGCUGAUCGAGUCCUGCAGGAGUUCGUCGAGCAGAUCCAGUCCAACGGCAAGGAAGCAGCGCGAUUCUUGUCCAACCUGGGCAUCAAAUGGACCUUCAACCCUCCCUCGGCACCGCACAUGGGCGGUAUUUGGGAGGCCGCGGUCAAAAGCACCAAGAAGCACCUGGUGGCCGAACUCGGAGACGAAGCCAUCACGUUCGAAGACUUGUCAACAAUUCUGUGCCAAGUCGAGGCUUGCCUUAACUCGCGGCCACUCUGCGCUCUCUCCAGCAACCCGGACAGUGUUGAGGCCUUGACUCCGGGGCACUUUCUGGUUGGGCAGCCGAUGAACCUUGUUCCCGAGCCCAACGUGCAACACCUGCCUGUCGGACGACUGGAUCACUGGCAAGCGCUCCAGAGACGCGCUGCUAAUAUCUGGAACAGAUGGAGAGAUGAGUAUUUGACGAGCCUGCAACCGCGCAACAAGUGGCGCACACCCCAACCCAACAUCGAGGUGGACCAGCUGGUCCUCGUGAAGAACGACAACGCUCCACCGACCCAGUGGGAGCUAGCACGAGUGAAGGAGGUCCAUCCGGACGCAACAGGAGCGGUACGCACGGUGACCCUACGGCGCGGUUCAACUGUGUACCAACGCCCGAUUCACAAGCUGUGCCUACUCCCGAAGAAUUGA